GCAAAAUAUAUUUAAUGUGAUAUGUUAUCGUGCGGCGCAGGUCCUUCGAGAAGUAAUUCAUACUAUUUAACUGUCGACAGUCUAAGACAAGGGAGAGUAGUCGGCCAGUUUGACAAAAAGUUCAUUAUGCUAGUCUCGAAUGUUCGUAAUCACAGUCAGAGUUCUGAAGAACUGUCCUCCCAGCCUCCAGAUAACGGAAGCAAAGAAUCCUAUAUCAUUGCAGUUGACCAACAUGCUGCCCACGAGAGAAUACUACUUGAAUGCUUUGAGAAAGAGUGCCUGAAUUAUUUCGAAAUUUUAUCAAGUAAAGAAGACCAUGAAAUACGAUUUUCCAAGAAAACUUCGUUAAGACUGUCCAAGCAAUCCGUUCCUGAUAUUUUCGACUUGAUAAAACAUGAACCAGCCAAGUUACGUCUAUUGCUGAAGUAUGGGUUUUCGGCUGUAUUUCACUGUAGCGCUUUGGAGCAGAGUAUUCUCGUUACUAUGAUCCCUCGAGUAAUUCCUGAAAAUCAUUUGUCGGAAAAUCUUUUUAAACAAGUCAUCAUAAGCUGUCUUCGACCUAUACUUGUAAAUACAGAAGAGCCAAAGUCAACGAUCAUACAACAUAUCAUGCAAGCAAUUCAUCCUCUUUUAGAAAGUCGAGCUUGUCAUCAAGCAAUUCGUUUUGGAAAUAAACUUAACAAAAUACAAAUGAAAAAACUUAUAAUUGAACUUUCAAAAUGUCGUAUACCUUUUCAAUGUGCACAUGGACGUCCAACAUGUACUAUAAUUACAAUGAUUAACAUUAAAAGACAUAAUUAGAUAUUUUUUCUAUAUAUAUACAAACAUUUUCAAUACUUAAAAGUUAAUGUGUUCGAAUAAAAUGUACACUGUGUUAUAAUAAAUUGUCUAGUUUUAAUCUGUACA